UAAGUAUUAAUAACUCCGACGGUAUCUGCGAAUAAAAAUUUAAAUCUUUAUAAUAUUAUACACAAUUAAUAAAAAUGAACUUUUACAAUUCUUUACUUUUAAUUAGUAAUAUUCUUAUCUUAACAGUACAAACACAAUCACAAGCUAAAAAAGGCCCUGGAAUAGCAGCCUGCAAUCAUCCUGGUUUUAUGAAUGCGGAAUGUGGUUUACCGGAAGUCGACAUUUCAUCCAUACCAGACGCUUGCACAUCUAUAAUUUACGAUGGGGUUUUCGUGGAUUUAAACUAUCAUGUUUAUGGUGAUCCUUGUGCGUGCAGAAAUGAAAAAAAAGUUAUAGACAAUUUAGACAAAAUAUUGAAGGCUAAGAGGCCUACAUAUGUAUACUACGGCCACAUGACUCAAUCGGAAUGGACUCAAAUGCUUGCUUGCGAAGCUUGUAAUGGAGGAAUCAACUCAUUAGAUGAAAUGAAAGGCUUAAAGGCCUUUCUGGACGAACAUCCAGGAAUCACUGGUCUUAUUCUAACAACUUUCGAGAAUGGCAAAAAUGCCAUAGAAUUUCCAGGAUAUUCUGAAAAUUUAAAAAAAUAUCUUGAGGUGAUGAAAACGUCUUUUCCUCAAUUGGAAAUUGGUAUCGAAGUAUCAGGGAAAUUUCUUGUAGAUCAGUUUACUGCUCCAGUGAUACCUUGGUUGGACAUCAAGGUGAUAGCUCCUGUAACGGAUUUCUUCGUUAUAUUUCUAAUGUACCUGAAUGACUGCACUAAUGACUUGAUAAGUACUGGAAUAGCUCCAAUGACUUCAAAAAGUACAAAUUAUACAUUGGAAAAUUUAAAAUGUAUCUUACCGCAGGCAUCUUUUCCAAAAGAAAAAACAUAUUUUAGAUAUAAAUUGAACCCUUCGUCUGAUCCCAAAGGUUCGAAUACUAGAUGUGAUUUGACUAUUCAAAAGAUGUGCACAAAUCCGUCAGAUACAUGUCUUUUUUGUUCAGAUACUCUGGAGUCAUUUAAUGAAAAAGGUAAAUUUGCCAAAGAGAACGGAGUUGGAUUUUUUACUUCUAAUAUAGAUAUGAAUGAUCCUACAAAUCUCUGUAAAUGUGAAAAACCAUUUGCUUCGUUCUACGCUCUUCUAGAUGGUUUUAAUGGUGUUACCUCAAAACCUUGUGAUCUAUUAAUCAGAAAAUAGCAUCAAUAAGCUUUGGAUAAUAUCCUCAAACAAAUCAUUAGAUAAUUUCAUGUUAAACUUUUAUCAUUGUAUUUCUGGUAAUUUACAUGACCGUAACUGGUGGUCGUAUGCAAAGAUCAAGAUCCAACUAUUUUUUUUUGAAAAAGUA